AUGCUCAAUGUAAGCGUUGGAUACAAAGUUUACUUAACUACAUAUCUGACGCUAUCCUUUUCUUUAUUUUCAGUAUUGGGAUACACAUCUAGUCUUUCGAAUGUCGAUUCUAUCCCGAUGCUAAGCGGAUCAAACUUCUCGGAAUGGAAAGAACAUUUGUUACUUGUCCUCGCCCUUAUGGAUCUUGAUCUUUCCCUCAUGACAGAGCGUCCAAGCUCUCCUAAGGAACUCAAGCAUUGGGACCGCUCUAAUCGCGUGAGUAUAAUGAUAAUGAAAAUCCGGAUUCCACAAGGAUUUAGGGGCGUUGUUCCUGAUGAUGUUACAACUGCAAAAGACUUCCUUGCCAGUUUGGAGAAUUUCUUUGCGAAAAAUGAAGAGGCAGAGAGAAGUAGGGUGCAAGCAGAAAGUUCCUCGAUGAGUUACAUAGAAAAUGAGAAUGUAAGGGAGCUUAUUAUGAGGAUGAAAACCCUCGGUGCGAAGCGAAAGAGACUUGGGAUUAAUAAUAUUUUCUCCAAUGACAUGAUGUUAGCGCAUUGUGCAGUCAAAAUGCUGCCAUUGCAGUAUAUUAGCCUUAAAAACGUUUACAGUUGUCUCGAAGGGAAAUUUGUUAAUGAAAACGGUAGAUGGCACACUGGGGAGAUAUGGUCUACUAAAGAGCUCAUUAGUCGUUGUGACAUGGAAGAAGAGACUUUAAGGACGGAAAUUGCAGAUGAAGCAAGAAAAAGGGAACAAUGA